AUGCAAGGUUUGGGUUCGUUCUUUUUUGACCCGCUGGAUCAGCCUAUGCUCAAAGUAGUCAGAUACAACUCUUCUACUUCAAUCACCCAAACUCGAUCUACUUCCACAAGCCACAACACAGGAUACGUUCCAAACACUAACCGUCAAUCUGAUUUUUUUAAACCCUCAAUUUCACACAAGGCCACUGCAUUUCCAUCAUCUGAAAUCCAAUGCAGAGUUGGUAGUAUUGGCAACCCCACAUUUUCGGAAAUGGACUUGACUGUAUCCUUGCAAAACACAGUUGGUGGUAAAUCUGAGCAGCGUGUCACUGUGUCACCAGCCAUCGCGCUCCCCUCGUUCAAUAAGCUCUCAGUAGGAAAAUGGCAGAAUGGACAAAAUAUACAUUUGGGAAUCGAAGUUAGCACAACACUUGCAAAAGCAUCCAAAAUCACUUAUCCGAAAAGCACUCUUCGUAGCAACAGACUGCCAAAAAUUUCUUGUGAAUCCAAUACAAGCAAAUUGAAUAGUGUAGUCGGAGGUCUGGUAUCAUCUAAGCAAAAGAAUCAAUGUUUGUUGAAUAGUAGCAGUUUAAACUCUGAAGUGAUACACACGGAUAAUUCAACUGCAGGUAUAACACAGGAUUAUUUUUUAUUAAAAGGUUGUCCAGAUACUCGAGAACCGAGUCGUAGACUCAUACUCGAGUCGCUCAAACACGCUCAACCAAUAGUCCCAGCUCAUACCACUUGUCGUUUACAACCGUCGCGUAUUGCAGAUCAACUGCCAUGUCCUAAUUCUACAACUAUAAUCAAGCCAUUAGUUCUCAUGGCUGAUGCACAAUCUUCAAAAAUUAUUACAUUAAAACAUGCCACUCUUGCAGUUAUGGAAAAUCUUUCAAACAGCGAAACCAUUACAGUAAACAUCGGUAUUCCAGCUCAUGAGUCACACUCCACAAUCCGUAUUCACAAGGAAAUUGUAUACCAAUCAGCAACAUUAAAGCAUAUUCACCUUCACUCGACACAUUUUCAAGAAAGUGUUCAGGGACUAUCAUUGCCAACCAUUCCUACAGAUGUCAUCCUGCAAAUCAUGGAAUAUCUCACACGUCAAUACUAUAAACAAAAUCUGUGGAAAGAGGGAAUGGUUAGUGUUGACGAAAUACAACCACGUCUCGAUCACUUGUUUGAUUUGAUGGAGGCUGGAAUGUAUCUUGAUUUACCAGGACUAGUCGACUUGUGUGCAAAAUUAGUUGCGAAAAACUUUGAUUGUAUAAAGUCGUUUGAAGAACUAUCGACAAUGCUGGUCAGAAGUGUUCUUAAGCAUUUGAAUGUGGGCCAACUGAUUAUCUGUGAGCAUGAUCUGCUGGCACGGUCCAAAGAAGAAAGUAUGAAAUCGGUAUCGGAAACCAAAACUGGCAAUCUGAUUUCUAAACCAUGCAUUAAUACGCAAUCCAUUUGGAUAAAUCAGUUUUGGCGACUGAUGAAUGGCAGGAUGGAUCGCAUUCAACAGUGUGUAAGCCAACACGACCAUUUCACGUAUCAACAUAUUUACAAUCGCGGCCAACAUUGUGAUUCACUAGUAUCAAACUUGAACAAUGAUACAGCAGAAUCAGUAAUGCUGGAUAGUGUUCAAAGUAUCAAUAUUAUGCAAAAUUUGGGAAUGUCACUUGAUGAUGUCUGCGAAGAAGUAGAAUUUUAUACAGUAGCCAAACGUGUCUGUCUUGAAAAUUACAUUUUGGACGUGCUUGGACAACCACUUGGCCACAAGAUGUUUACACAGGUGAUUCAACAUCAAGGAUCAAUACUAAAAAAACUGUAUCUAGAUAUAGGGUUGAUCCAGGAUAAUUAUGGAAUACAAGGGUUGGUUGGGCAAUUAAGUGCAUAUUGCUCCAAUUUGAAACAGCUUGUUUUAAGAAUUGACCGGUGCAACCAAUAUACUUUAAAUGAGCUCACAAAUGUAGCACAAAUACUUCCCAAUACAUGCCAGCUUUUUCUUGAAGUUCUGGUUGUUGCAUCAUCAUCUGGGUCGAUUCCAUCAAUUCUAGCACUGUGCACAUCAUCGGCUACAAUAGAGCAUGAAUUACUUUCGAAUAAAACAAAUAGCUUCAACUCGGUAUUUCAGCCAAAUGAUCCACAUUCACGACAAAUGCGUAUAGAAACAGAAAGCAACUUGGAUUUGCGAGGAAUCAGCAGUUUGGCAGAAUUUAUUUACCCUUCAAGUUGGACAAACUCAAAUAAGCUUCCCGCAACCAACUCGAUUCAAAACCGCCAAUCUCGCCAUCUUGGAGUUCAUAUGAAAUGGAUCCCAACAGCUUCUAAACAAAUGGGUGUAGAUGCAUCUAUAUUCCAUACUUUUCUUGUUCAAAUCCCUCUAGUACAUAUUAGAAUUACUCACCUUGAUCUAUCAAAUAUCCAAUUGAGUCCAGAUACCACACCUACAAUUAUUGCCUUGGUUUCCCAUGCACAGUCUAGUCUUACGCAUCUUGUACUGACCAACACACAUCUCACUGCCUCUGCUCUUGCAACCAUCUUUGAUGCCAUGCAGCAUGCAUCCUCUAACCUUACUUACAUUAGUAUAUCACGUACAAUUCAUUCAGCUGAUCCCAAUAUCACUGACUGCUGCAAAUCUAUUGCUGCGUACAUUGCUUCAAACCGGACAUGUAUACGUACUCUUGAUCUUAGUGACAAUCCACUCACGUCGCUUGGAAUGAUUAUCCUCACUGACGCCAUCGCUACCAACACGCGUUUAACAUGCAUUCAUCUCAAUGGAGUAAAUCUAGGAUCUCACGUAAAACACCUUGUAAAAUCUGUAACAAUAGAGCAGACAUCACUUACCAAAAUAUGCAUUGCUCGAAAUGGAGUGCUUCCACGUGGCUUAUGUCUUGUCAUUGAUGCACUACAGACUGCCACAAAUCAACAUAAUGUACCAAAACAAAUUCAUAUACAGCCCCUAUGUACCACAACCAUCACAUAUCUCGAUAUUUCUGCCAAUGUGUUUGAUCAGACUGUGGCGACUCGUUUAGCUGCAUGGAUAUCUAGUGGAACAUGCCAGCUCAACAGUCUCGUUGCCAAAGGUCUUGGCACACCUGUUCAAACUCUUGGUACAAAUGGUAUAAUUGACAUUGUUGCUUCAGUUCAUCAUGCAUUGCAUCUCAUGCACAUUGACUUUUCUGCUCAGUGUUUGAAUGACACGGUAUGCGAAGCUUUGGGAAAUGCUAUUGCAAUGCGCACCUGUCAGAAAUGGGUCUUGACAGACAAUUUACUGACAGAUCAAGGUGUUGGAACAAUUAAAAGAGUCAUUGCGACCACUGAAAAAAGGUUAGAACAAAGGAUUACAAUCGACUUGCAACGCAACUGGAUUUCAAAAAAAGCAGCUACGGUGAUUCCUUCCAUGAUUAUGCACUCUAGCAAUGUGCUGAUUAUCACUGGGUAUCAACAUUCCAAUACCGACCCAAUGAAAUGA